UUCACUGGUCAGCAAAAUUUUGGUUCCUCGGUGGAUUCGUCUUUCACUCGUCGUGCUCAUCCAUUGAUGCUUCUGCUCCUGCUCCUGCUUCUGCUUCCACCAUGGUAACGCUCUCGUCUCCAUCUCCCUCGCUCUCUUGCGUAGAAAGCGGGUCAUAUAAAUCGUCUCACGUUUCUCGGGUUCUAUUCUCUGGACCCGAUAAGAUUCACGGCGAAUCCUCGGAACCCAGUAUACUGAGAGAUGUUCAUAUCUCAGAAAGGUUGAUGGAGGAUUUCACUGAGCUUGCGAGAGAGAACACUGAGAAGGACCUCGAGACUUGUGGAACUCUCGCUGCCUUUCUUGAAAGAGGGAUUUUCUAUGUAACCACUCUGAUAAUACCUAAGCAAGAAUCAACUGCUAAUUCAUGUCAAGCCAUGAAUGAAGUGGAUGUGUUUUCCAUACAAAACGAAAGAGAACUUUAUCCCGUAGGAUGGAUUCAUACUCAUCCUUCUCAGGGUUGUUUCAUGUCAUCAGUAGAUCUGCAUACACACUACUCGUAUCAGGUAAUGGUGCCAGAGGCUUUUGCAAUCGUCGUGGCUCCAACCGAUAGCUCUAGGAGUUACGGUAUAUUUAAGCUAACGGACCCGGGAGGAAUGGAGGUAUUGAGAGGCUGCUCGGAGACCGGGUUCCACCUGCACAGAGAACCGGAAGAUGGGAACCCGGUUUAUGAGCAUUGCUCAAACGUCUACAAGAACUCGAACCUUAGGUUCGAGAUUUUUGAUCUGCGCUAAGAUGUCAGUCAUCUCUGUCACGGAUGUGGGUACAGACUCGUAGACGAUUUCACUCUUCUCUCUCUGGGUUUUAAUUCAAAAAGCGAAGUUGGUUACCAUUGUCUUGUACGAUCGUAUAUUCGCGUUAUGAUUUGUUUUGACAGAGUAACUGCUUAGAGUGAGAGAAAGAGAGAGAAAUGAUGAGAGGUUCGGAGAGAGUGAAGGAGUUUCUUCGACCCUUUGUCGAUUCCAGGGAUUGGGACUUUUGCGUUAUCUGGAAACUCGGCGAUGAUCCUUCUAGGUUUAUUGAAUGGGUGGGAUGCUGCUGCAGUGGUAGUUAUAUUGAUAAGAACAUCAAGCAUGAAAAUGUGGAAGAAGGAACUGAGAGAAAAAAGAUGAGCUCUUCUAUAUUAUGCAGAGAUGAACACAACAAGCAUCAUAUAAGAAGCCUAGCUUGUGAAGCUCUUUCUCAUUUUCCUCUCUUCAUGCCUCUUUAUCCCGGGAUUCAUGGAGAAGUAGUGAUGUCAAAAUCUCCCAAAUGGCUGGUGAAUUCAGGUCCGGGAUCUAAAAAGGACAUAUCCAGCACUCGAGUUCUUGUUCCUGUGAGUGAUGGUCUUGUUGAGCUUUUCUCCUUCGUAAUGAAACCUGUUGAUGAAAGCAUGGUUGAUAUGAUCAUAUCGCGUUGUAACGCCUUCUUUAAACCGUUCACUGAACAAACACUACCAUUUAGGAUCAUUCCUAGAGCAGAGGAAUCUAUGAGCAGCGGUGUGAAUCUCAGCUUUGAAGGCGGCGGCUCAUCAAGCGUUUCGAACCCCUUAAGUGAAAGUCAGACUCUUUUCGGAAACCCGAAUGCUCCUUGCGAGGAACAAAAGCCGUGUUUGGUAAUGAACAAGGAAGAUGGUGUCGUGAUGCAAAACACUAUCGACGUCAAAGCUAAUAAGAAGUUGCCAAAGGAAAACUUCAAAUCAAAGAAUCUUCAAUCAGAGAGAAAAAGAAGAGAGAGAAUUAAUCAGAGACUCUAUGCGCUAAGAGCUGUAGUCCCUAGAAUCACAAAGAUGAACAAACUUGGAAUUCUCGGUGAUGCGGUUGAUUACAUCAACGAACUGCUAGUGGAGAAGCAGAAACUUGAAGAUGAGCUGAGUAGAAUCAACGAGAUUGAAUGCAGGGAAAUCGCUGCAGAGCAAGAAUCUGCAAUAGCAGAAGCUGAAAAAGCUUCCUCUAUGGUGAACGAUGACGAGGUGAAUCUUCAAGUCCACGAGAUUGGUGAGCGACAUUUCUUGAUUCGGGUUGCGCAGGAGCAUAAACGAGAUGGAUUCAAGAGGUUGCUAGAAGCUGUAGAUUCUUGUGGACUUGAGAUCAUUGACGUUAAGUUCACCAGGCUCGAUAUCACAGUCAUGACUCUUCUCAAUGUGAAGGCGAACGAAGACGGAAUUGCAGCUGGAAAUCUGAGAGAUUUGCUGCUCAAGAGGAUGAUAGCUUCAGACAGUCCAAAUGCAGAGUCCGUAAAACAGAGUACAUAACCUAACAAAAAAUGUCAAAUGUUUUGUUUGCUUCAGCCGCAAGUUACUGUUGAGAUUUGAUUCUCACAAGCUUUUGGUGACAAAUUACGUGUUGAAACUAUACAUCUUUCUGGGUAAUUGGAUUUUGAUUUUGUUAAGAUCUUCACCAAAAAGAAAAGAUCUAAACGAGUGUUUAAGUUGUUCUGAAUCGUAGCCCACUAAUGUUAUGUAGUAAAGAAAAUAAAGCGGAG